AUGGUGGUAACACAAAGUGCUCUUCCACCACCCCCAAUGCAGUACGUCAAGCAAUAUACAGAUGAAAAUACUCAGGAAGGCCUAGCUCCCAAGCCUCCACCUCCAAUAAAAGACACUUCUAUGAUGUUUGGCAAUCAAUUCCAAUGUGAUGAUCCUAUCAUCCGCCCUUCAGAAAGUCAGGGUAUCAAAUGGCUUCAUCCUAUGCAGUUUGAUCUCAAGAAGGAACUGAGAAAACUCAAUAUGUCUAUUCUUAUUAAUUUCUUAGACCUCUUAGGUAUCUUGAUAAGGAGCCCUGGGAGUACAAAACCAGAAGAGAAACCAGAAGAUCUUAAGCUGCUUUUUGUACAUGUGCAUCAUCUCAUAAAUGAAUACCGACCCCACCAAGCAAGAGAGACAUUGAGAUUCAUGCUGGAGGUACCGAAAGGUCAAUGUCUUGAAACAGCUGAGCCAUUUCAGAAGCACCUGGAGCGAGUCAUUGAGAUGAUUCAGAAUUGUCUGGCUUUGUCUGAUGAUCCGCCUCAUUCAGAAGCAGGGAUGAGAGUAAAGACUGAACCAGUGGAUGCUGAUGAUAGCAACAAUUGUAUUGGACAGAAUGAACAGCAAAGAGAAAAUUCAGGUCAUAGGAGAGACCAGGUUAGAGAGAAAGAUGCUGCCCUGUGUGUCCUAAUUGAUGAAAUGAAUGAAAGACCAUGAAGGAUGUUUCUUUUUCUUUUUGCUUUUCUCUUUUUCUUUUCAGUAAAUGUCAUAGAUUCGUUAAUUUGCUCUUGGAGCGUCUUAGAAGAGAUAUAACUAGAAGUCAUGUGAAUGGCUUGACUCCUGCUUCACCAGUUAGGAGGUUAGUGACUGUUAAGUGCACAGUAUGGCAAGCAUAUGCAAAUGAGUAUAUAUGUAUACA